CAUCUCUGAUCACGACUGCCGACUCCCUACUGGCCGGCUGCGACGAUAGCUGGCUCUCGAAGCCGUGAGCACCGCGAACUCAAAUCCACCUCCACCUCCCUGCAGCUCCACUUCCACCGCGCUCUCCUCCCGAACACCGUGUCCAAUGUCGGAGAGCUAUGAUGUCGGCACGAGAGCGUGGCAGCCCGACCCAACCGAGGGCUGGGUUGCGUCCGAGGUCAUCAAGAAGACGGUAGAUGGGUCGAAAGUCACGCUCGAGUUCCAACUGGAAAAUGGCGAGAUCAGAACAGUCGAGGUCUCGCUCGAGGCACUCCAGUCCGGGAACCACCCGUCGCUACCACCACUAAUGAACCCGACCAUGCUCGAAGCCAGCGAUGACCUGACAAACCUCUCGCAUCUCAACGAGCCUGCCGUCCUGCAGGCCAUUCGUCUUCGAUACCUCCAGAAGGAGAUCUACACAUAUUCGGGUAUCGUGUUAAUAGCGACGAACCCCUUCGCUCGGGUCGACUCCCUCUACGUUCCGGGCAUGGUCCAGGUAUACGCCGGGAAACAGAGGGCCACACAAGCUCCCCAUCUCUUUGCCAUUGCGGAGGAGGCCUUCAUGGACAUGAUCCGAGACGGCAAGAACCAGACCGUUGUUGUCUCGGGUGAGUCUGGUGCCGGCAAGACCGUCAGCGCGAAGUACAUUAUGAGAUACUUUGCGACAAGAGAGUCGCCCGACAGCCCGGGAUCGAGGGCGAAGAAGGGUCCCGAGGCCAUGAGCAAGACGGAGGAGGCGAUCCUCGCGACCAAUCCCAUCAUGGAAGCCUUUGGAAACGCAAAGACGACCAGGAACGACAACUCGUCGCGCUUUGGAAAGUACAUCGAGAUCAUGUUUGACAAGGAAACCAACAUCAUUGGUGCCAAGAUCAGGACCUACCUGUUGGAGCGGUCAAGAUUGGUGUUUCAACCGCUUAAGGAGAGGAACUACCAUAUCUUCUACCAGCUCGUGGCGGGCGUGUCGGACAAGGAGCGCCAGGAGCUGGGCCUGCUACCGGUCGAGCAGUUCGACUACCUGAACCAGGGCGACACGCCGACCAUCGACGGCGUGGAUGACAAGGCCGAGUUUCUGGCGACCAAGCAGUCUCUCAAGAUGAUUGGCGUGAGCGAUGCGGAUCAAGCCGAGAUCUUCAAGCUGCUUGCCGGCUUGCUGCAUCUCGGAAACAUCAAGAUUGGCGCAACGCGGAACGACAGCGUGCUUUCACCGUCUGAGCCGUCUCUGGUGAAGGCCUGUGACAUCCUCGGCAUCGACGCUGCUGAAUUCGCGAAGUGGAUUGUUAAGAAGCAACUCAUCACGCGCGGAGAAAAGAUCACGUCCAACCUCACCCAAGCGCAGGCUAUCGUGGUGAGGGAUUCGGUCGCCAAGUUCAUCUAUUCCAGCCUCUUUGACUGGCUGGUGGAGAUCAUCAACCGUAGCCUGGCGCCAGAGGACGUCCUCAACAGGGCCAACUCCUUCAUCGGCGUGCUCGAUAUCUACGGCUUUGAGCACUUCGCCAAGAACUCCUUUGAGCAGUUCUGCAUCAACUACGCCAACGAAAAGCUGCAGCAAGAGUUCAACCAGCACGUCUUCAAGCUCGAGCAGGAUGAGUACCUGAAGGAACAGAUCGAUUGGACUUUCAUCGACUUUGCCGACAACCAGCCGUGUAUCGAUCUGAUUGAGGGCAAACUCGGUAUCCUCUCGCUGCUCGAUGAAGAAUCCAGGUUACCCAUGGGCUCUGACGAGCAGUUCGUGACCAAGCUGCAUCAUAAUUUCGGCAGCGACAAGCACAAGUUCUACAAGAAACCAAGGUUCGGCAAGUCUUCAUUCACGGUCCGCCAUUAUGCGGUCGACGUAACGUACGAGUCGGAGGGUUUCAUCGAGAAGAACCGUGACACGGUGCCGGACGAGCACAUGGCUGUGCUCCGCGCCUCGACCAACAAAUUCCUUUGCUCCGUUCUCGACGCGGCCUUGGCGGUGCGGGAAAAGGAUGCCGCCUCGUCAAGCUCUAACGCCGUGAAGCCGGCGGCAGGCAGGAGGAUCGGCGUCGCUGUUAACCGCAAGCCGACGCUCGGUGGCAUCUUCAAGUCGUCGCUGAUUGAGCUCAUGAACACCAUCAGCAGCACCGAUGUACAUUAUAUUCGGUGUAUCAAGCCCAACGAGGCCAAGGAGGCAUGGAAGUUCGAGGGCCCCAUGGUGCUGAGUCAGCUCCGUGCCUGCGGUGUCCUGGAGACAGUUCGCAUCAGUUGCGCAGGCUAUCCGACGAGAUGGACCUACGAGGAGUUUGCUCUACGUUACUACAUGCUGGUACCAUCAUCGGAGUGGACGUCCGAGAUCCGGGAGAUGGCAAACGCGAUCUUGACCAGGGCCUUCGGCGCCAACAAGGGCAAGGGCAUGGACAAAUACCAGCUGGGUCUGACAAAGAUCUUCUUCCGAGCCGGCAUGCUAGCGUAUCUGGAGAAUCUGCGGACCAACCGGCUGAAUGACUGCGCUAUCAUGAUUCAAAAGAACUUGAAGGCCAAGUACUACCGCAAGAAAUAUCUGGAGGCCCGGGCUUCCAUCAUUGCGUUCCAGUCCACAACAAGAGCUUACAAGGCUCGUCAAGUGGCCCAGGAGAUGAGGACGAUCAAGGCCGCGACAACAAUCCAACGAGUCUGGCGCGGACAGAAGCAGAGGAAGCAGUUCCUCAAGAUCAGGAACGACGUGAUCCUUGCCCAGGCCGCCUUCAGGGGUUACCUUCGGCGGAAGGAGAUCAUGGAGACCCGGAUGGGCAACGCUGCCCGCAUUAUCCAACGGAACUGGCGGUCGAGGAGGCAGCUGCGGUCUUGGAGGGACUACCGCAGGAAGGUCAUCAUUGUGCAGAGCUUGUGGCGCGGCAGGAGUGCCCGCAAGGCGUACAAGGUCAUCCGCGCCGAGGCUCGCGACCUCAAGCAGAUCUCGUACAAGCUGGAGAACAAGGUGGUGGAGCUCACACAGUCCCUGGGCACUAUGAAGGCGCAGAACAAGGAGCUCAAGACGCAGGUCGAGAACUACGAGGGCCAGGUCGCCAUCUGGAGAAAUCGGCACAACGCGCUCGAGGCGCGGGCCAAGGAGCUGCAGACCGAGGCCAACCAGGCCGGCAUCGCAGCAGCCCGCCUCGAGGCGAUGGAGGCCGAGAUGAAGAAGCUCCAGGCAAGCUUCGAGGAGUCGGUGGCCAACGUCAAGAGGAUGCAGGAAGAGGAGCGGCAGUUGCGGGAGUCUCUGCGUGCUACGAGCUCAGAACUCGAGGCUGCGCGCCAGGAGAGCCAGCGCCAAGAGGCCGAGAAGAACUCGCUCCGGCAGCAGCUGGCCGAGCUUCAGGAGGCGCUCGAGCUGGCCCGGCGCGGUGCUCCUGUCAAUGGCGACCUUGCGAAUGGCCACGGGCCCGCCGCGACCGCCCCGUCGGGCCUCAUCAACUUGGUGUCAGCUAAGAAGCCCAAGCGGCGGAGCGCGGGUGCCGAGGUCCGUGAACUGGAUAGGUACAGCAUGGCCUACAGCCCGCGCCCCGUCUCCAUGGCAGUCCCCGGCAUGCACCGCCAGACCACGUUGUCAGGCUCGACGUACAUUCCGGGCGUCGACAGCAUCGAGUUGGAGCUCGAGUCUCUGCUUGCCGACGAGGAGGGUCUCAACGAGGAAGUUACUCUGGGGCUCAUCCGGAAUCUCAAGCUCCCAUCGCCUUCGAGCAAUCCUCCGCCUUCGGACAAGGAGGUCCUGUUCCCGUCGUACCUCAUCAACUUGGUCACCUCGGAGAUGUGGAACAAUGGUUUCGUCAAGGAGUCGGAGCGCUUCCUGGCAAACGUCAUGCAGUCUAUCCAGCAGGAGGUCAUGCAACACGAUGGCGACGACGCCAUCAACCAUGGCGCAUUCUGGCUCUCCAACGUGCACGAGAUGCUCUCCUUCGUCUUCCUUGCUGAGGACUGGUACGAAGCACAGAAGACGGACAACUACGAGUAUGACCGUCUGCUCGAAAUCGUCAAGCACGAUCUGGAGAGCCUUGAGUUCAACAUCUACCACACGUGGAUGAAGGUGCUCAAGCGGAAGCUCAACAAGAUGAUCAUCCCUGCCAUCAUCGAGUCGCAGUCGCUGCCGGGCUUCGUUACGAACGAGAACAACCGGUUCCUGGGCAAACUCUUGCAGGGCAGCAACCAGCCGGCGUACAGCAUGGACAACCUGCUGUCGCUUCUCAACAGCGUCUACCGCGCCAUGAAGGGGUAUUACCUCGAGCAAAGCAUCAUCAUGCAGACAAUCACGGAGCUGCUCAAACUCGUUGGCGUCACGGCUUUCAACGACCUGCUCAUGCGCCGCAACUUCCUGUCCUGGAAGCGUGGCCUGCAGAUCAACUACAACAUCACGCGUAUCGAGGAGUGGUGCAAGAGCCACGAGAUGCCCGAGGGCACUCUCCAGCUCGAGCACUUGAUGCAAGCAACCAAACUCCUUCAGCUCAAGAAGGCCACCCUGAACGAUAUUGAGAUUAUCCAGGAUAUCUGCUGGAUGCUCUCUCCCAACCAGAUCCAGAAGCUCCUUAAUCAGUAUCUCGUUGCCGACUACGAGCAGCCCAUCAACGGCGAGAUCAUGAAGGCGGUUGCCUCGCGCGUCACCGAGAAGAGCGAUGUUCUCCUCCUUCCUGCCGUCGAUAUGGACGAUAGCGGACCGUACGAGAUUGCCGAGCCUAGAGUCAUCACGGCUCUGGAGACAUAUACCCCAUCUUGGCUGCAAACCCCGCGCCUCAAGCGCCUUGCCGAGAUUGUCUCCCAACAGGCCCUCGCCCAGCAAGAGAAGCUCGAAUAUGGUUCUCAGCCGGGUGUCGAGGACGACGAGGUAUAUGACGAUGAAGGCCUCCAGAGCGGCGGUGAUGUGCCCGAGGUGGAGCACCAGGGCAGCCGGCCGACUAGUCUUGUGGCGGGCGCCGCUUAGUCGACGGCGUCUGCUGCUGCUAGCGCCGCCGCCGGGGCUGGCACACGGCUUCGCUCCUUCCUGCUGGGUACCGGUGCUGUUGAUGUGGCUACUACGCGCCCUCGCCCGCUCUUGCUAGGCACUAUUGCUGCUACGGCCGUUGGUGAUGCUUCCGGGCGCGUCGCGCCUUUGUCAUUGUCAUUGC